GCCUCGAAGAAGCUGGUGGCAGCCACAGGGCAGCAGUGCCUGCCCCUGUGCAUGGACGUGCGGCAGCCGCAGACUAUUGCAGCCGCGGUGGAUGAGGCACUGCGGGAGUUCCAGAGGAUCGACAUCCUCAUCAAUGGUGCUGCAGGGAAUUUCCUGUGCCCAGCCAGUGCCCUGUCCUUCAAUGCCUUCAAGACAGUGAUCGACAUCGACACCCUGGGCACCUUCAACACCUCCAAGGUGCUCUUUGAGAAAUAUUUCCGGGACCACGGCGGGCUCAUCGUUAACAUCACGGCCACCCUGAGCUACCGAGGGCAGGCCCUGCAGGUGCACGCUGGGGCUGCCAAGGCUGCCAUAGAUGCCAUGACCCGUCACCUUGCCGUGGAGUGGGGACCCAACAACAUCCGUGUGAACAGCCUGGCCCCCGGCCCCAUCACGGGCACCGAGGGCUUCCGACGCCUGGGUGGGAAAUUUGCAGAGAAGUCCAACCAGCUGUCGGCGAUCCCGCUGCAGCGCGCGGGGAACAAGACGGAGAUCGCGCACAGCGCGCUCUACCUGGCCAGCCCCCUCUCGUCCUACGUCACCGGCACCACCCUGGUCGUGGACGGGGGCAGCUGGCUCACCUCCCCCAACAGCUUCUCUGCCUUGCUGGGUAUUGCCUCCUCCUCUGCUAAACUCUAGAUGUGUGGGCUGCAGGAGCAAACCAACCCCACUGAUGGACAGCCUGGGACUGACCGACGGACAGACGUGACCUGGGACACCAUGUGGGGACAUCUCCAGAGCCAGUGCCGACACCACAGCCUCUGGUGGCACUGCCAGUCCUGUGUCUGCCUGGGGGACACAGCUCUGGGGUGCUGGCUGGGGACCAAGCCCACCCUGUGCCAUUGCUGCCCUCUGAGCUGCUGGGGCCGUGACACAGAGACAGCUUGGAGGGCUGAGAUGGUCUCUGGCCCUUUGUGGCUCCCUCCAAGCUGCUCCUGUGGCCUUUGCCAAGCCCCAGCAGUGCCACCAUGGGUACCCAUCCUCUUCCUCCCCUGUCUUAGCCUGAGCACUGCACAGGAGCCCCAGCAGCAGCAGCAGCUCAUUUUUGGGAGGGGGAUUGCUCAGCCUGCCUGGGGUUGGGGUCACCCAGUGUGGGGGGCUCAGUUCUGCCUUGGCAACUCCUGGCAGGGGAAACCCUGGCAGGGGGAGGUGGCUGUGUCCCCUGAGGGGUCCUGGCUGGGACG